UGAUGUGCUAUUUUGUGCAAUAAAGAUGAACGCAAUGUUAGAAGGACAGACUGGAGACUGCACACAACUCUGGGCAUCGCUUGCAGUUAUGUGUCCUAUGAUGAUAUUGUCCCUAACCUUUAAUAUCGUAAACUGUGUCAAGAAAAAUAGAAAAGGUAAACAACUGAAAUACUCUGAUCAUUGCUCCAUGAGUUAUGAACGAUAUAUUGAAAACAACCCAAUAUAUGGCAACCUAAAUCAACCAAUUCUUGAGUAUAUAGACAGUUUGGUGGCCAUCAAAACAACUUUUUUAUUGACCAACUGUUCAUCAUCAUCGAGUAAAUAUAUUGAUUCUAAUAUUUUUAUUUAUUCUUUUAAAGAGAAUGUGGAUGAAAUUUCCAGUGGACAGAUGUCCAAUGACCCUGUGAUAAACAGAGAAGAACGUAAGCUGAAAUCCCAAGAAACAAUGUGUUAUGCAACACUGGACCUCAGCUCGACAAGGCCUAAGAAAAAACAAACAAAGACCAAAACAAGACCAAUAAAUCCUGAGGAAUAUGUAGAAAAGAUAUCAUCUGGAAAUAUAUAUGUUAAUACAAAUAUAUAUCUUAAUAUGAAUCAGCUAAUAGCUGGAAAUGAAACUGAAGUUGAAACGAUCCAUAAGGACCCAAUGCAAAUUCAAAGACGAUUACAGAAAAUAAGAAAUAACAUGGCUAGAGAGUUAAACAGUCAAACGGAUUAGCUAUACGGAGAGAAUAUUUGGAACAAAUUGGGGUUUAUUCACUAAAGCAGGAGAACAUUAAAUUUUAGCUAAUUUCAGUAUACAUGAUGAAGGUCCAACCCUAGUGCUUCAAUAAAAGCUUGAAUGGACCUAUAUAAUGUAGAAUUAUAUCAGUGGGGUUUUUCUGUGACUCUUAGACAAAAUUUUGCAUAAAUCACUCAGUGGAAGCCACAACUGGCACUCUGCCACUCUACCUUUAGUGAAUAAACCCUACUAACUAGGACUUUCUGACAUUACACACAACUAUAAAACAAGGCAGCAAAUAUACACUGAAUACCAGACUAAGGGAAAUACAGAAACGAACUAAUGAAAACAUCAAUACAUUUGGCAGUAUUUUUAAUUUCUUUUUACCAGAAGAAAAUUCAGUUCAUAGUGACCAUUUAUU